ACCACCUACUUCUCUAACUCUCUCUGUCUUUCUCUAUUAUUUUGAAUGAUUGACGCGACUGCUUCAGUUUUGAUUCAUGAAAUUUUUAUGGCAAAGUAUAAAUCUUAACAGCAAUGACCGAUCAUGAAAAACCGAAUAUCCAGUAUCUCCGAUCAAUUCGUAAAUCUUUUGUGGCGAGCCGCUUGUUGGAUCUGGGAGACCAUCGAGCUCAUCCUGAUCAUCAUAUUUGACUGUUUAGCGAGGCUAAUUGAGCUAGUACUCGUGAUGAUGAAAUUAAUAUUUCAGGUGAUCUGCUUCGUCAGAGAUUUGUGCAUUGACGCGAUGCAGACCUUCGCCAAUGUUUUUCGAGGAAUCGUUAAUGUCAUUAGCAACAUCAGCUGCGAUGACGUCGAGGACUUCGCUUCUGCCUGCAUUGUCAUUGCUUUGUGCACCGGGGCCGUUAAGAUGUUCAUGAAUCUUCUUAAGAGGAAUCCCCACACGAAGCUGUUCAAUAUGUUUGGGCAACACGUGACGCAAAGCGGCAAUAAUAACAAUCCGACGGCGAGGAGUCACAGCCAGGAUGCGUGUCUUCGCGAGAGGAAGACAGGCAGGAGGCCAAAGAAACGAAAUAACAGGCGAUAUCGAUCAACGUCAUAAAAGAAUAACUGAUAUGAUUACGUAAGAUUUUCUUUGUGAAGUACGAAUAUCUCUAUAAGAUAUAUUUACAUAAACGUUUAUUAUAUGUAACAAUGUGUAAGGCGCAUCUCAAAUUUCGUCGUA